AUGCCCAACAAAGUCACAUUCAUGCCUUUGUUAGACGAUACUACAGAGGAAGCCCGUGCAAUCGGAGCUGUCAAUACGGUCUUUAUUCGUUUGGAUCCGCGAGGGGAUAGAAGAUACAUAGGGACGAAUACUGACUGCGUGGGUAUCAGAGAGACUCUACUCAACAAUUGCCAUACAGUACUUGACGACGCUCGUGCGCAACCGGCAUUGGUUAUCGGCGCCGGUGGUGCCGCCCGUAGUGCCAUCUUUGCGCUUUGGAAAUGGUUCAAACCUUCUGAGAUAUACAUUGUGAACCGGUUGACAUCGGAGACCACCGAACUUAUCGCUGGAAUGGUCCUAUCGGUACCUGGCAUCCGACUCCGGCAUGUCGAGAGUGUCGAGGAGGCUCAAAGUCUCAAACCACCAUGUAUUUGCGUCGGAACUAUCCCUGAUGACGAACCACGUGGUACAGGAGAGCUUUUGGUGUGGCGGAUCUGCGAGACUUUUCUGAAGAAAAGAGGACAAGUGAAAGGAAUCGUGCUUGAUAUGUGCUAUCAUCCUGCUCACACGCGACUCUUGAAGUUGGCAGAGACGAGUGGUUGGAGAACCAUGUAUGGCACGGAGGUGUUAGUUCGUGUCGCUGUUGCGCAACAGACUCUCUGGCUGGAGGAAGAACCAAAAUCAGACGCGGUUCAGAAGACUCUUUUAUCGAUGCAACGGGUAGUAAGUCGGUUGUAA